UCAAAAUGGUUUGUAUUUAUAUUUUAGUUACAAUUAUUGUUAUAUGUAUGUUUUGUGAUGUGGGUUACGUAACCAGAACAUGCUUUACCGUGAUCAGUGGACGACUCUACCAAAGAAAAUAUUCUUUAAGUGACAUUACAGUUAUUUAUGGAUUAUGUACAUUUCAAGACUGUGACGUUCUUUUCAAAAGCAUACGCUUAGCGAGACUUGUCCGUGAAAUUGACUUUGCAAGAUAUCACUUUUAUGAUAGAACUGGCAUUUAUUUUAAAAGUAAGCAAUUAGGAAUAAAGUCCUUACAAGGGUCCACUCUUACCGUAUUUAUCGAUACUGUUCCCUUAUUCGUGCCAUAUAAAAUUAUCACUAAGCUUGUGUACUGGGACGAGAGGUCUUUAUUCUUUGAACAUGAAGUUGUAACAUUAUUUGAUAGCAAAUUACGAUAUUUAUUAGUAUCCCGUCAAUAUGCAAUUGGCAAAGAUAAGCAAACGACUACUAGUCUUUUAAGAGAUCUGCGAGGAUCGAAACUGGCACCAAAAUGUCCCUGUUACAUACAGAAUUGGUUGAAAAGCAUGGAAAUAUCUAGUGCGAACUUAAGGAACGCUUAAAGAGUUAAUAAUAAUUUAUUUAUUUAUUUUAGAAGUAUAACGUAUUUGUUUAAGCAUAGUUUUUUUAUUUUAUUUCCGUUAAUCUGUAGUCGUUAAAUAAUAUUACCUAUUAUAUAGCUGUACCUCCUUCAAUUUUAACACAGUUCGUACAUAUUUUUUUACAAUUUUUAGACGUUAAAGUAAAACUUGAUUAUUUUUCAAAUAGUUUGCAAUAGAGAUUUUUUUAUUUGGCUAAAUAUUAUGUUAUUCAAAUAAUAGGCUGUUAAUAGGUACUGUAAAGUAAGGUUAGUGAUGGGUAAAAUAAUUAAAAAAGAAAAAUUUCACUAGACCUUUCCUGAGGUUCAAGUCAGAUCAAAAUUUUAUUUUAGAUAUUAAACCGAAAAUACAGGAAUGCUUUAUUAAUUCAUCGUCAUACUAUAUCCA